AUGGAGGUGGAGGAGGAGGAAAGACGCUCUCCACACGAUCAUGUGGAUCGGUGUGUACCCGAGAGCUUCUUUGAUCGCGUAACUCUUGCGUUACGCGGCGACCUCGAGCAUGAGCGAUACAUGCGUCUCCAAAUGGCGGACACUGCCUCGAAGCAUCGAGCUGAGUUUGCCUUUGCUCAGCUUGAGAACAAGAGAGCUCUGACAUCUCUGCGUGACGAGCUAAGGGUAGCUCGUGUGGAUAUUGACCGGUCUCGGGCUGAGAUAACUGCUCUUCAGACCCUUGUCGAUGGCCACCAUCGGGAGCACAAUGCUCUUUGUGAGAUGCUUGAGCUCAAGGGCGUUCUUCAUCGGAAGAUACAGCGUACUGAUGGUACGGCUCAAGCCAACCAACGUAAAACGUGGGAUGUGUUCGCAUCUUGCGUGGCAGUUCGGUCGUGUAUGCGUUACCUAGGCGAUGCAAUACACGAAAUGGGCCGAUGUACUUGGGUAGUAGUUUACUGCUACCCAAGUUAG